AUGGUUUUACAGUGUAUACAGAAAGUAUACCGGAGAUUGAAACGUAGCAGAUGGAAAGUGAAAGACCUCACUUACAAGAUAUCCAAAUAUCCCAGCAAACUGAAGCGCGCAGAGGUAGACAAAGAAAUUCAAAGGGCUUUCGAUGUUUGGACGGGAUAUACUGAUCUGACGUUCACCCCAAAAAGUGGACAGGUUCACAUCGAAAUCAGAUUUGAAUACGGUGAACACGGUGAUGGUGAUCCAUUCGAUGGACCUGGAGGUACCUUAGCUCACGCAUACUUUCCAGUUUUCGGAGGUGAUGCCCAUUUCGACGCAUCUGAAGCUUGGUCCAUAAACAGCUACAAGGGAACGAACUUAUUCCAAGUGGCAGCUCACGAAUUCGGACAUUCUCUCGGUCUGAGUCACUCCGACGUCAGACAGGCACUCAUGGCACCGUUCUACAGAGGCUAUGACCCAGUUUUCGACUUGGACACCGACGACAUCGAAGGUAUCCAGGCACUUUAUGGAAAGAAAACCAUGAAAACUGGACCAAGAUUUGGUGAUGAUGACGAUCAAGACGGUGGGUUCGACGGAAGCCACGACGUCCCAAGCAAAACUCCCAGUUCAGCAGAUCACAGUUUGUGCGAUGAUCCCAAAUUCGAUACAAUUUUCAAUUCAGCGGAAGGAUAUACCUACGUGUUCAAGGGUGAAAAAUACUGGAAACUCACCGAAAAUAGCGUAGCGCCUGGAUACCCAAAACUGAUUUCUGAUAAUUGGAUCGGGUUGCCGGGCAAUAUAGAUGCGUCUUUCACUUACAAGAAUGGAAAGACUUACUUCUUCAAAGGAUCCAAGUACUGGAGGUACAAGGGCAAGAGAGUUGAUGGUUUAUACCCAAAAGAGAUUUCCGAAGGCUUCACUGGAAUUCCUGAUGAUCUGGAUGCCUCUAUGGUAUGGAGCGGAAACGGAAAAAUAUACUUCUUCAAAGGCAGCAAAUUUUGGAGGUUUGAUCCCUCCCAAAGACCUCCCGUCAAGAGUACAUACCCCAAACCCAUUUCCAACUGGGAUGGUGUUCCAAAUAAUCUCAAUGCAGUUUUCCAGUGGACCAACGGUUAUACUUAUUUCUUCAAAGAUAAUGCGUACUAUAGGUUCAACGAUAGGGCCUUUGCCGUAGAUGCAACGACACCUGCUUUUCCAAGGUCGUCAGCCUAUUGGUGGUUCGGGUGUAAAGAAGCUCCUUCUGGAACGAUUGGAACGAGUAAGUCUUCAGGAUUGUUGAUUGAUGAAGAGAGCUCGCGGGAUAACCAAUUUGGAUCUGCCCAUAAUGACAGUGAUACAGGUAGGGUUUAGUUUUGUGUCACCAUGACG